UCAUAAUAUAAUAUUAAGGCGCAAGCAAUGUAUACAGUUCAGGAGGACGCCAUGUGGUUUCCAUGGAGACGCAGAGGCGCAUCCUUCAGUAGAUCAAGAGACAGGAUCAGACAUGGAUCUUCCAACAAGUGGAUUCUCAACUGCAAGUUCUCUAGAUGCCCUGUGUGCACUGCUCAAUCCACCUGGAGAGGAAGAGGAGAGUGAUCAUCAUAGUACCUCAUCAAAUGCCAUAUUUGGUCCUGGAGACAUUGGACCUGCAAGAAAGCCAGAGCAAAAACAUCGAGAAGCUGAGACAGCCCCAAAGGAACAACGUAAUAAGGACAUCUGGAAUGAGCAGGAAGUUGCUGAAGGAUCAGAAUUUGAUGACAUUUUGGAUUCUCGGGAGUGUCCAGAGUAUGAUAUUGUCUAUAAGCAGAGAGUGGGAACUGAAGACCUUUUUCUGGGAAUGAGUCGGAAGGACCCAUCAACUGCCUGCUGUGAAGAUAUGGUGGUCCGGAUCCAGCUGCCUCGUACAAAGGCCAAAGAUGUGUCACUUAAUGUGAGAAGCAAGUUUCUAGACCUCCGGACUCCCAAAUAUAAGUUGGGGUUACACCUCCCCCACCCUGUUGACGGGGACAAUGGAAGUGCACGUUUUCUGGCAGACAAGGAAAGGCUGGAAGUGGUACUUAGGUUAAAACGUGAAUUUGAUGAUAUAAACUUUUUGUGACAGCACACAAAACAUAAAUGCAGGGCGUUCACCUCCACAGAGACUAUAUAAUAGCACAAGUUAAAUUGUUAAUUAGAUUAUUUUCCUAGUAUGAUGGUCAGGAAGAAAAUCAUACAGUAACGGUCACUUAGCUUUACCUGUGAUACAAAUCUUUAAUUUUUUACAACCAGAAAGAAAUGUGACAGUGAACCUGAAGUCUGCAGCUAAACAAUACAAUAUCUCUCACAUGUAUUUUUGUUUUGAAGAGAUCCAUUCUUUAGGAUGGAGAUAUGUAACUAUCCUAAAAAUAAACAACUUUUCUAAAAUAAAAUGAGAUUAAUAUGUUACUCAAAGAGACCUGUAACAGUGGCAGAGUAAAAUACAUGCAACAGAAAGUACUUCCUGUAAAUGCAACAACUAUAGACCUAUACAUUUAUCACAUUGAGUUAUGUAUUCAUAAAAAAAACUGAAGUCACUCUACUACAGAUACAGCUUUGUAACUGAAUUGUAUUCUUAUACAUAGAGCAUUGGAUCCUGAAAUAAUUACACAUUUUUCAUGCAACCAUUAAAAAAAUGCUUGUACUAAA